AUGGAAUUGAAAUUAGAUGACCUUACACCUUUGUAUUCUGUGGAAAUUUAAUUAUCAAUUUCAGUUCUAUUUAUUACUAACAGAAAAUAAUACCGCUAAAGAAUUUCUACCCAAAAUUUGUUCAACUUUCUGUAAAUUCAAUAGUUAAUUUUGGAGAGAGGAAGGUAUCAUUUCAUAUAAGUUUAGGUUAGAUAUUCAUUUAUUACUUAUGUAAACAUAAUAAAAUUACAUCAACUUCAAAUUAAAAGAGGUUUUGAAGGAAAAGUUCCUGACUUAAAAACCUUCAUUAUCUAAAUUAUCAUUCCAUUUUUGUUGGAAAAUUAUUAGAUCAUUAAUAUUUCAGUUUCUGUAUUUUCAUUCAUAAUAAAGUUAACGCAUACUUAAAUGCAAAUAAAGAAAAUAAUUUCAAUAAUAUAGCUAUCAUUAUUGA